AUGAAGUCACCUAUUCCGGACUAUCUCAACCAUGUUCUGGAGAAAACGCGACCGAUAGAGAGGGGCGCUCCUGCCGACUACAUCGAGACCUUGGCCAAGGCAGACACGUCAAAGAUGGCAGUCGCCCUGGCCAUGGUCGACGGCAAUGUCUACUCUGCAGGAGACGACAAGGUCGAGUUCUCCAUCCAGUCCAUCGCCAAGGCAUUCGUCUACGCCAUCGCCAUCGAGGAUGCUGGACUUGACCAAGUGCUGAAGAAGAUUGGAGUCGAACCCUCAGGCGAUAGAUUCAACCAACUAUCCCUCGAGCGCAAUACGAACCGACCCAUGAACCCCAUGAUCAACGCCGGCGCCAUCACCGCUCACACCCUUGUCUGCUCGCCCACCGCAACACUACACGAACGCAUCGACCGCAUCCUGAAAGUGCUUUCUAAGCUGGCCGGUCGCCAAUUGUAUGUCGAUGAGGAGGUUUACAAAGCAGAGUUGAGAGAUGCCGACAGAAACAUGGCCCUUGGAUACAUGCUGAAGGCUGCUGGCGUUAUUUCAUGCGAUCCCAGAGAGGCUGUAAAAGGCUACGUUCGCCAAUGCUCAAUCAACGUCAAUGUUCAAGACCUGGCCAUGAUGUCCGCCGUGCUCUCCAACGGCGGCGUUCACCCAGUCACUCAAGAGCAGAUCAUACCACACACGAGUGUUCGUCAGGUCUUGUCUGUCAUGACCACUUGCGGCAUGUACGAUGCUGCUGGUGAUUGGGUCUCCAACGUUGGCUUCCCGGCAAAGAGUGGUGUCGCUGGCGCCAUCAUUGGCGCUCUCCCUGGUCAGGUCGGCCUUGCCACUUUCUCGCCCAAGAUUGAUGAGCGUGGCAACAGCGUGCGAGGUGUCGCUAUGUGUGAACAACUCUCACGGGACAUGGGUCUCCAUAUGAUGGACGUCAGCCAUGUUGCAAGAUCCACCGUUCAGACCUCUGUAUCUAACCUCGUUGGUACCGAGCAUGAAAAGCAAAAUCCCGCCUGCGCUCGAAAAGUCGUCGUCUUCAAGCUACGAGGUGCCGUACGCUUCCCUGGUGCUGAAAGAUUGACAAGAGCAUUAGCGUACGAGCUGGGAAAGCCAGAUCCAUCUGAGCCUGGUUCCGGUCACCAUUCCGACGCUUGCGCUAUUGUCUUCUCCUUCCGUGAAGUCUUUUCUCUGAACUUCAUUGCCCGAAAGUUGAUUCACGAGGACAUAACCCGACUCCUCACUGAGCGAAAAGUCUUGUGCAUCAUCGAUCCCACAGGUGUACUCGAAUGGGACACCGCAAAGGCUGAAGGUGGCCGGCACCCCAAAAUCGUCGACAACGACACGGAGGCUCGAGACUACAUUGGAGGAACUGGAUGUCAGGCUGUUUCUGAAGACCCUGAAUGGUAG